AUGUCAAUUGACGAACAAAUAAAAACAAAUAAUUUACCAAAUUUCACCAAUAGUCCAAUUUGUCUUGAAAUUUUUCGUGAACCAUUACAACUACCUUGUCAACAUAAUUUUUGUAAAUCAUGUCUCGAAAGAAUUACAGUAGAUCGUUGGAGUCGAUGUCCGGUAUGUCGUGGAUGUUAUCGAGUACCAUUUUCCGGUGUUGGCUCAUUUGAAGUCAAUCGAACAAUUAUUAAUUUACUUGAAAAUCAUUCAUAUACUGAAUUAAGACCUAUGCUUCAAGCUAAAUGUGCUCUUUGUAAAUUAGAUGAUACAAUAACUAUAUGUGAACAUUGUCGUGAAGCAAUAUGUUAUAAAUGUCGUCGACAACAUUAUGAUGAAUUUCGUAAAUAUGUUUGUUUAAAAUUAAAUGAAACUGAACAAGAAACAGAAAAAUUAAUUGCUAAAGAAGUUGAAAAUAUAAAAAAUCAUGAAGAAAAUAUUCAUCAAUCAACUAAUAUUGUUAGUAUAAUUUGUGUUAAAGUAAAUGAACUUAUUGAUAAAAUAAAACGAGAAGAGAAAAAAUUACUUCAUAGUAUACAAGAAUUUAAUAAUAAUGAACAAAGGUUAUUGAAGGAAAAAAAUAGUCGAUUUCAAGAUCUUGCCAAAAUUAAAACAUUUUGUUUAAGUUCUCAAGAAAAACUAUACAAUAAAGAAGAAACAGAUCAAGAAGCUAUUGAAAUUCGAGAAAAAUUUGAAGAAUAUUUUAUUAAUAUAAAUAAUCUUCAAAAUCAAAUAUUUGUUGUUAAAACACCUCGACGUCGAAUUUCAUUUUUUAAUCAAGAUAUAUCAUUCGAUGCUAUUUCAUUGGGUUUUGUUGAAAUUAAAAUGGAACUUGAACCAAUUGAAAGUUCUAUUCAACUUUCACAAUUAAAAAGUUGUUCCACUGAUAAAAACGUACAACAUUAUUCAAAACAACUUAUGCAUAUUUUAAGUAAUACAUUACAAGAACAAAAAGAAUUAUCAAAUACAUCGAUAAUUGAUGAAAAUAGAUGUUGUUCUGCAUCAUCAAAAAAUCAUAAAAGAACACCACGUAUAAUUGGUAAACGUGGAACACGCGAUACAGAAUUUAUUCAUCCAUCAUCAUUAGCUUAUUCGAAACAAGAUAAAUUGAUUUGUAAAUUAAGAAAAAAAGAAAAUACAUCUUUAUUUAUGUCUAAUAUAUUUUUUUUUGAUUUAGAUAUAUGUGACACAUAUAAUAAUCGUCUUGUAACAUAUGGUUUAGAUGGUACUUUCCAACAAGUUUAUAAAGCUAUAAAUGAAACAGGUGAAAGACGUUUUCAUCAUCCAUAUGCAAUUCACAUUGAUUCAAAAAAUCGUCUUUAUUUAAUUGAUCAAUCUGAACGUCGAAUAAAAGUCUUUAAUCGUGAUUUUAAAUUAAUUCGUAUUAUUGGACAAUAUGGUCAUAAUAUUGGUCAAUAUUUGGCUCCAUGUGAUUUAUGUACAAAUGAACAAAAUGAUAUAUUUGUAUGUGAUGCUGGUGGACAUCAAAUAUUAAAAUAUAAUGAACAAGGUGAAUUUCUUCUUGCUUGGGGUGAAAUUGGCACUGAUAAUGGACAAUUUAAAUGUCCAGCUUGUAUCUGUAUAAUGAAAGGUGAUCGUUUAGCUGUAUCAGAUUGGGGUAAUGAUCGAAUACAAAUAUUUAAUAAUGAUGGUAAUCAUCUAUUAUCCAUUGGUCAUCGUGGUAAACUUUUAGCAGAAUUUUCUCGUCCAUUAGGUUUAGCAUAUGAUGAAACAACAGAAAAAUUAUUUGUUUGUGAUGAUGGAAAUAAUCGUGUGAUGAUAUUUAAUCAUGAUUUUAGUAUAACUGAAUUAGUACAUUCAAAACUAGGUUUUAAUGGACCUUAUGAUAUUUUAUUGCUUAAAGAUGGUCGAAUAAUUAUAUCUGAACAUCGAGCACAUCGUUUACAAUUUAUUUAA